CCUUCCCCUCCACUUCUCAAUUUUAAGUGCAACUAUAAAUAUCCAACCAUCUAUUACUUUCCUUCAUCAAAUCUCUCUCUCUCUCUCUUACACACACAACACACAACAUACGACACUUAAUUCUCCUUAGAUGGAUCAUUGUUCUCUCAGCUUUGAGCUAAGAAUAAUAAGGGCUAGAAACAUCAACCUCAAGAAGUCAUCAGGAGACUUAUUUGUUAGAUUCUAUCUGUCAGCAGGAGGCAAUAAGAGAGUAAGAUUAGACAGCCAACACACCUCAUCAAAAUCAGACUCCAUCACCUGGGAUCAAACCUUUUCCUUGGACUGCUCAGGCACUCAAGACUCCAUCAAAUGUCUCAAACAAGGCACCAUUCUCUUUGAGCUCCGCCUCAGAAGAUCCACACCCUUCAUAAACGGCUCAAAACUAGUGGCUAGAGCUGAGAUCCCAUGGAACGACAUCAUUGGCUCGACAAAUUUGGAGAUAAACAAAUGGGUCGUCAUGAUCCCAGAAAAGGGAUGCACGUACAAUGAUGUUAAGCCGCCAGCAGUGCAGAUAGCAGUGAGGGUUCAAGAAUUUGGAGAGGUGGUAGAAAGAAAGAAGAGUAGUGUAAGAAGGUGGGAUGAGUGUGGUUGCAUGGAUGGUGGGUGCAAGUGCAACUCUUGUGUUGAUUAUGAGUUUUUUGCUAUUGGAGCUGUUUUAGAAGCCUUUUAGAUUCUUUUCUUUUCGUUCUUUUUUUUUUGGAGAGAUAGAAAUGCACUAAUUGAGUUUUGCUUUAGUUAGGGUUGGUGAUUUGGUUUAGACUUUUCAAGAAUUUCCCUCUAAAUUGUGCAUAUAAAUGAUGAGAAUUUGUUACUUAGAUCAACUUUGUGUGAUCAGUAGUAGUUCUUGAAAUUUAAAUUGAAAAAAGGGUUCUUCACUCCA